AACCGUGUAUGACAGCGACGGCUUGUUAAAUUUUGUCGAAAAUCGCUUGUUCGCUCGUACAACGCGACCCAAUCCGUCAAAGCACGCAGUAAUUGAAAUUUGUUUGGAUUGCAAUUUUCUACUAUGCAUUAUUGCGAUUGCUAAUCGCCAAGUUAGUGCUAAUUGUGUCCCAUAUUUUGCUACCUACGCAAUGCAUCCCGGCGGGAUGGAGUUAGAUCUGUUGACGAAUGCCUCCGAGCUGGACUUCUGCCGCUUGUGUUUGUCGAGUGUGUACGAGCUGCAUCAGCUCUUUCCGGACGGCUCGACGGAGAGCUCCAAUAACGUUCUGCUGGCCAAGAUACGUCUGCUGGCGGAAGUGACGCUAUGCCCGGCGGAAGAGUUGGAGGCAAAUAUCUGCUCAAAUUGUGUGCAGAAGCUUGAGGAUUUCCACGCCUUCCGGCUACAGUGCAAGGUGAGCGAUGGCCAAGUGCGCAAGAUGCGUGUUUCUCGCAAACGGCUGAGAGAGGAGCAGGAACAGCAAUCGCAGUUGGAAGCUGCCAAUGCUGCUACUGCCAGGGCUCAGCAGACUAACGGUGAUGACGAUGCUCCGAGUAGCAAGAAGCAGCGAAUGGAGACACCGCCGGUGCUGCUUGCUGGUGGUUCUACAUUGGGAGGAGUUUUUGAUCUGGUUCAGUAUUGCGAGGAUAAGCAUGUCCCUGGGGAGUAUGGUUUGUUAUCGCAGGGUUUUGUGUAUAAGCACGAAAGCUUACUGUCCUGGCGCUGCGAAUUAGCGGAGACGGAAAAGUGCGAUGCUAUAUUGGAAAUUGAUGAGGAUUUUAAAAAGUUUCGAGUAGCUAUGAAACAUAGUCACGUCAAGCUGGAUAAGGACGCUGAUGGAAGAAUAUUCGAAAAGAUAACGCCCCAAAUUUGCACUUUUUUGGCCAAGUUGCAACUAAAACAAUACGACAGUAUGGACAAUGAACCAACAGUAGUGGAAGAAAGACCAGCAGAUGCAGCAGACGAUUCCGACAUUGAAAUGCUAGCUCAGGAAUUAUAUGACGAUUCUACGGUGGAGAACACCCAGGGUGUUCCGUUGGAUCAAAUGAUUGCCGCAAGAGGAAUUAACGUCAUUCAGUCGGCGGAAAAACCGACGAUUACGAUGAACGGAUUCACCUAUCUGCAGGAAGCGAUUAUCAAGGGGGUCAAACCGGAACAGAUUCGUUGGCGCUGUGAAGAGGACAGCUGUCAAGGAAUGAUUGUGACUACCAAAGAUUUUCGCAGUUAUGCUCUGGGUAAACCGCAUAAGCAUAUUCCACGCUCUAUUGCUCCGGAUAGUAAUGCUCCGACGCGGGCAAGAGCAUCGACAACCGCUCGUGAUGACGAACCGUUGCUGGAGGUUAUGAGAGAAGUCCCAGAGGAUGUCACUCCGAAAAACAGAUCUACCACUUUUACUGGAAUGAGAACCACGGGAGGCGUUUCGUUGGUGGAAGAAUUCAAAAAGACCGGCGCCGAUCACAGUUUCUUCAAAGCUUCGGAUGGUUCCUACCACAUGUAUCAUGAUAAUUUCUUCUACAAACGAAACUAUGCCUAUUCCUCCGAAGGGGGUGAAACGAUGUGGAAAUGUACUACGGAGAGCUGCCCCGGUACACUGAUCGCGUUCAAGUACAUGAAAAAGCUGGUCGGUGGUGUACCGCAUAAUCACGAUCCGGUUCGUAACGGUCCGGGAGAGGUGGCUCCUUCCACCUCCAACUCACCACAAACGGAUCAGGAAACCGGCCAGGCAGAUAUCAGCGAAAUCGGUUUCUACCGUAACGCAAAGAACGUGAUAUCGCUGCUGUACGAGGGUUUCAGCUACAGUUUGCAGAAUUUUCUUCCCUCGGGGAACAGCUUCUGGAAUUGCACCUGGAACAAGUGCGGUGGGCGGAUACAGGCUGGCGCUCACUUUGAAUUUUUGAAAUCGGAGAAACGUCACUUCCACAAUCCGCCAUCGUUGGCAACCCCGAAGAGCUGGAUUCCACCUCCGGUUGCCAUCAAGGAGCUGCUCGAUAAGGUCAAACUAAACGAAGAGAUUCGACGGAAGAUUCAGGCUCCGCCGACCCUGUGUUACUCGGAGCUGAAAGAAAAAAUGGAUAAGAAAACGUACAACCGGUCAAAGAACUUUGGAGUCUCGGAAGAGGUUUAGGAACAGAUCCUUUUCCCUUUCUUCAAGUGUGCGAUCUUGUGUCCUAUCAGAUUCACUAUUUCGGAAUGUUUCUCUGGCUUACUCAACAUUGGCAGCACCGUUCUCAAUUAUUUUUCAUGUAAGUGGAGAGUCAUCGAGUGAGCGUCAAAAUUGAAAGCAUCCGCGUAUCGAUUGUACAUACCGAGAACACAAUGCUUGUGCGCAUUGCUGAACACAUUUCGUCGGGUGCCGACUGUUGGUGGAUCCAUGCAAGGAGUCGGUGUUUCGAAUUACAUAUAUACUCUAGGUUAAACAAUAAUGAAUACGAAUAUACAAGCGGAACGAUUGCAGU